AUGGCCCCACAAUCUCAUGCAGAGGCAUCGCUUCCACCACAAGUGACAAUAGAAGAAACGCGAGAAUGUGAUAGGGUAGGUGGGAGUGGUAAUCAAGCCAUUAAACCUUCAUCUAUCAAGAGAUUUAAGCGGACUGGUAAGAGGAUUGUGAAGCGUCCUCCCACUUGCAAAAGUCCAUUUGUCACCCAAUGUGUUAAACAAUUCCCUAAAAUCCUCCAUGCUCAUCGGGUAGUAGCGGAUUACGCUUUGGCAGAAAUUGGUGAUCCUAGCAAGAUUUUAUGCGAGAUGUAUGGGAUGUACAUUACCCGAGAAGAAAUUUCUUGUCUAAAUGCAGGGCGGUGGGUUAAUUCAGUAAUUGUGGCGAUUGUGUCUCGCAUGAUGAAUGGACAGCAAGCACCACCAGCGCGCACACACUAUUUUGAUCCUUCAUUCUCGGUGAUUCUGACCAACUUGAAAACAAAUGCAACCAGCCAAGUGAUCAUGGAUAGAUGUCGCAUGUAUCUGGAUGCUGGUAUAUUGGGCCAUGAUUUGGGAACAUGUGACAUGAUGUUCAUCCCGGUUUGUGAGAACAAUCACUGGCACGUUCAUUUUGUUAAUUUUGCAGCUGGAAGAGUUGAAAUUCUUUCAUCUUUGCCCUUGAGGCGAGGAAACAGUAUUAGUGCUGCAACAAGGCGAUUAUCUAUGGCAAUCAAUAAAGCACUGCAUGCAUAUAGAAUUCAUAUGGAUGUGGAUGUCUCGACUUUUGUGCAUGUCCAACCACACCUUGUGCAACAACUGAAUGGGUUCGACUGUGGUAUCCUUGCACUAAAGUUCAUGGAAUUUUGGAAUGGGGUGACCUUAACUACUUCAGUGGCAGAGGACAAGUUGAACAUGUACAGACUCCAGCUAGUUGUGGAACUAGCACUCAAUGAACGCAACACUGUUAGAGAUAAAAUUAUGGCCUCCUGUCAUUUGUGA